AUGAAUAAUUUUCAAGCUAGUAAGAAGAAUAUACUCACCAAUAGUGAACACGAACAGCUGACAAAUGGAUCGAUAUGUGUCAGUCCAAAGAAAUGUAUUAUAUAUUUCAAGCCUGGUCAUACAUACAUGCAAACAAUAAAAUUGUUGAACAUGACUGAUUUGCCACAAAUCAUAAGAAUAAAACCUUUGGAAUGUAAAAUAUUCAAAUUUCCAUAUUUAACCACCGUGUCUAUUCUUCCCAAUACAUCUUGGAAUUUACAGUUUACCUUCAUGACUUAUAUAAAUCAGGAGUUCAAAAGUUAUUUGCAUUUAAAAAAUCCUACUGGUCAAGGAGACUUGGCUAUAGAACUAAGGGCUAUUCCAAAAAAUGCCUCCUUUUUACCCAAGACCAUUGAUUUUGGAAACGUAAAUAUAGGAAUGAGCGUUACGAGGAAGUUGAGUCUGGCUCCUAAAUCAAAACCUUAUCAGUUUCGCAUAUUUAUCCCGCACGGUUUAAAGGGCUUAUUUGUAAAUCCAACUUGUGGUGAAGUAUUUUGUGAUUAUCCAACAAACGUCACAGUCGUUUACACGCCUCAAUCGUAUAUUACUUUGUGUAUUGAUUUAGUACUAUACCUCACGGGAUUUAAUCAAAAACCACAAGUUAUUACUUUGACGGCAGUUACAAAACCUAAGCCUUUCUGCGCUACAAAUAUAAAAACGCAUGUAACGAUCCCAAAACAAAAGUGUUUACAUUUAUUUCAUAAAACACGUUCAGAUAAGACUCAAAAAGAUAUCAAGGUUUUCGACCGACUGACACUGAAUAAAAUGUUGAUGGAUAAACCCCCCGUUUUGGCUGACGAAUCUUAUAAAUGGCUUAAUCCUCUUGGUGAGUUUGACAAAGUGUAUCGAGAUGAGUACAUACAAAACUACAACGAUUUUAUGGUAAAUGUAAAACGUUUCGGCGACGAACAUAAGAACGAUUGCCUUGAGAUAUCUCGAAAUGAACUAAAUACCAACGACGAAGAGAAAAAAUCUGUUUACGACAAGCGAACAACUGAAUGGAACACUUACAAGGAAAAAUUAUAUUCACAUGAAGUCAUAUCACUUAAUGAUCAAUAUGCACCAAUUGGACUUCGUAAAAGAAGCAUUCGAACAAAUUAUAUUGAUACAAGUGAAUUCAAUUUUGAUCCAAUUCCCGAUGAUAACUGGUGUAUACGAUUUCAAAUGUACAACAAAUUCAUUAACGGUGUCAAAAUAAUUAUAAUUAAAAAUCGUUUAGAAAAAAGACUAAAUCUUUUCAAAGCAUUAAUUGCCAAUAACAUAAUAAAUCUGUUGUGA